AUGCGUGGACUAGACGAAAGCACUGAAGUACUGAUCCGCACUGGCCAGAAAGCCCAGGAGCAAGUGAGACUUGCCUGGGAUGGCUUUGUUAACUUUGCCGCGCGGGAUAACGUCUUGGAGGUCGCGUUGGGGUUGAUCAUCGCAAAUGCAUUUACAAAAGUUGUGACAUCUUUCGUCUCCGAUUUGGUCUUGCCGAUCGUCUCUCUUCUCCCCUUUCUCAACAGAAACAUGGACCAGAAAUUUGCCGUUCUCUCCAAAGGUCCUAAUUUCAGCCAUGAGAUAGGGUACAACACCCUUCGGCAGGCGAGAGAUGAUGGCGCGCUGGUUCUUGCCUAUGGCGUGUUCAUCGAGACAUUUCUGAACUUCCUAGGUGUCAGUUUGACUCUGUAUGCGGUGGGUCAUUUGUAUAUGUUCAUCUUUCACAACAAGAUCAUUAAGCCGACCGUUCGGUGUCCAUAUUGCAAGCAAUACAUCAGUGAUCAGGCAAUUCGCUGUCGUCAUUGUGGGACUUGGCAGGAUGGAAGGGAAGAUGAGCCUAGGAGCGAUAGCAGUUCUGUCGACCAACUAUUGACAGUGCCAUCAAUGCCAUAG